GAAGAAGAGAAGCUUCCCCCAAAAGAGUUCAAAAUUCAAAUUACAAAAAUUCGAAAGCAGAGAGAGAGAGAGAGAGAGAGAGAGAUGGCGACGAAAGGGAGCAUGAAGGGUUUCUACAGGCAGAAGAAGAAGAGUGGAAUAGCAAAGGCUUCUUCCAAGAAAUCAUCGGCCCCAAAAUCAAAACCCCACGCUUCUUUCACUCUGGGCUCCGAUGUUGCCCAGCCUCCUGCUCUCUUUUCCCAUGGCUCUCCUGACCUUCAAGAUGAUUAUGAUGAGAAAGAGGAGCUUCUGAGGCAAUUCGACCUGAACAUGGCGUAUGGACCCUGCGCUGGGAUGACAAGACUGGCUCGGUGGGAGCGUGCAUCUAAAUUAGGCAUGAACCCUCCUCAAGAAAUUGGGGCUCUUUUGAAAGCUAGCAAUGUUCGCUCACAGUCCUUGUGGGAUGAUCGCAUUUAGAUAUAUUGUAUUGCUUUUCUUACUUUUUUUUGUUAUGUUGCUUGGCUUUUUAUGUACGACUAAUGACUGAAAAUAGUGUGUUUCAGCUACGACUAAUGACUGAAAAUAGUGUGUUUCAGCCUCUGAAACAUUUAUGUUUUUAAUGCACAAAUCAGAUUCAGGCCA